ACAAGCGCAACUCAUGUUCUUAUAAGGCGCUGCUUUUGUUUCUCAAGAGAGGAAACACAUAGCAAGCUAUACUGCAACACCAUGACUACCAUCAAAGCAUAUAAACAAUCAUAAUAAUGAGUUUUUAGUAACUCAAAACAAGAGCUAUGAGCCUAUGAGGAGAUGUUGUUAUAACCCCAGCCAAGGUAAAGAACAGAACCACAAUUCCAUGCACGGACAGAAAGCGCUAAAAUCAAGAGUUAACCAUCGUCGGCGCUGAUUAGAGAUAUGUCUGCAUGUUAAGUCAUUUGUGGUAAGGGGCAUUCUCUCAUUCCAUCUUUAUCUACAAUACACAAUGAACAUUAAAUUCACGCCUAUUUUGAGCAGAAACUAUACAUGGUUCAGACUUAUCCUCUCGCCGUUAACAACAAGCGCAACUCAUGUUCUUAUCAGGCGCCGCUUGUGUUUUUAAAGAGAGGAAACAGUGCAGAGGACGAGUUCUGCCAGAUGACAACAUAUACUGCAACACCGUGACGAUCACGAAAGCAUACAGACAACCAUAAUGAGUUUCUCCAAACUCCAAACUAUAGCUCUACUCUUAACUCUAAGAGAUGAUGAUACCCCCACGUCGACAAGAAGCAUAAGAAUCAGAGCAUUAAACAACCGCUUGAGUAUCUAAAGGAAUCCUUUUUUCCCAGAUUCAGCCCUCCUUCAUUAAUUAACUGGUCAAAAAGAAUAGUCAAGAGUUUCACCAACCCCACUUGGUCUAAUAUUUAUAUGCCCCAAAGCAUCUCUUUCAAUUCGCAGCCAAGACGACUUUGAGUUAGAUUCCAUUGGAUCCUCAAAAUUCAACUUCCGAUUCACUACACUGCCAACGCUGCACAGUUACAUUUGAAAUUCCUCCACUGAGACUCGGCGGUAAGUGUCAGUCUCUGUUCUCUGAAAACCUCCAUGAAUUUGCUGUUCUUAAGCUUUUUCCACACCUCCAAAGAGCCACUGUUACCCUUUUAACUCCUCCGCAAGCCUCCAAACUUCCGCCGCGUGCCUUUGUUUCCUCCUAUAAAAACAAGCCAAAACCCACCAAACAUGGAAACCCCAAUUCCUUUCACAGCAGCAGCCAUGGAGAUGGAACCCAAUUCAACAGCAGCAACCCAUGAAAAUGGAAACCAGAGUACCCAUGAAAAGCAGCAGCCGCCGCCUAAAUUCGCUCUCCCGGUCGACUCAGAGCACAAGGCCACGAGAUUCCCAAUCUUCUCUUUCGCCAAACCCCACAUGCGAGCUUUCCAUCUCUCCUGGGUAUCCUUCUUCGCCUGCUUCGUCUCCACUUUCGCCGCGCCUCCUCUGCUUCCGAUCAUCCGGGACAACCUCAACCUCACCGCCACCAACAUCGGGAACGCCGGCAUUGCCUCCGUCUCCGGCGCCGUAUUCGCCCGCAUCGUGAUGGGAACCGCCUGCGACAUGGUCGGCCCCCGCCUGGCUUCAGCCUCCCUCGUUCUGAUCACCGCGCCGGCGGUGUUCUUCACUCCCCUGGCUACCUCCUCUGCUUCGUUCCUCCUCGUCAGGUUCUUCACCGGCUUCUCCCUCGCCACUUUCGUCUCCACCCAGUACUGGAUGAGCUCCAUGUUCUCCUCCCCGGUCGUCGGCACCGCCAACGGGGUCGCCGGCGGGUGGGGGAACCUCGGCGGCGGCGCCACACAGCUCAUCAUGCCACUCGUCUUCGCUCUAAUUCGAGACUCCAUGGGAUCCCCCAAAUUCACCGCCUGGAGGAUCGCAUUCUACGUCCCCGGCGUUUUCCAGAUGCUGACGGCAUUCGCCGUCCUGAUCUUCGGCCAGGACUUGCCGGACGGGAACUUCCGGCGGCUGCAGAAAACAGGGGACAAGUCCAAGGACAAAAUCUCCGACGUCCUGUUCCACGGGGUUACAAACUACAGGGGAUGGAUUCUGGCCCUGACGUAUGGUUACUGCUUUGGGGUCGAAUUGACGGUGGACAAUGUGAUCGCCGAGUAUUUCUACGACCGGUUCAACCUGAAGCUCCACACCGCCGGUUUGAUUGCGGCGAGCUUCGGAUUGGCGAACCUGUUUUCCCGGCCUGGGGGAGGGAUUCUUUCCGAUCUGGUGGCGAAGAGGUUCGGGAUGAGGGGAAGGCUUUGGACCCUUUGGAUCGUUCAGACUCUGGGCGGCGUUUUCUGUGUAAUUCUGGGUCGCGUCAAUUCCUUGGGCGGCUCCAUUGUUGUCAUGAUCCUUUUCUCCUUCUUCUGCCAAGCUGCCUGUGGCCUGACCUUUGGAGUCGUGCCUUUUGUCUCCAGAAGGUCGCUCGGGUUGAUCUCGGGCAUGACGGGAGGAGGAGGGAACGUGGGAGCGGUGAUAACUCAAUUGGCAUUCUUCAAAGGUUCGAGAUACUCGAAGGAGACGGGAAUCACGUACAUGGGGAUAAUGAUCAUCUGCUGCACUCUGCCUCUCUGUUUGAUAAACUUCCCGCAGUGGGGCGGCAUGUUUACCUCCGGCCGCGGCGGCUCGUCUUCCUCAUCCGAAGAGGACUACUACAUGGCCGAAUGGAAUUCAGAGGAGAAGAGUAGAGGCCUGCAUCAGGCUAGCUUGAAGUUUGCCGAGAACAGCAGGAGGGAACGAGGGAGGAGAUCGGCUUGCAAUACUGCACCGGCGACGACGAACGACACUUCGUUGUCGCCGGCGGAGUUUGCAGCCUGAAUGGAGUCCCAGGUUGAACGUCGGCGUGUAGUAGACUGUACUGUACUGUAAUGUGUAAUGUUAUGUUGUUAUGCUUUUGUUUCUGUAUUCUGCUAGUACUGUUCCAUGUUAGUACUGUUGGAAAACAAACGGACCCUUCAAUUUCAAUGUGAAACUUCCUGUGGGUCGGAAAUGAAACAAAAAGUGAUGUGAUAAAUUUGGUGCAAUUUCAUCAUUGUAUCCUUUUCUUAAUGCCAAAAAGUGAAGCCUAAAGAACCAUAUUUUAGCCCAAACGAGGAGCCCGUGCGCACAUUUACACAAAAAAGGAGCCUAAUUACGAGCACUUUUACUAUGCUUUAAAGUAUUGGUGCUUUAUGUACAACUUAAAGUUAUACCAUAACGUUAAAGAUACAAAUUGAAGUUGUACCAUAAGGAAAUGAGACCAUUAUGUUGUGGUACAACUUCAAGUUGUGAAUUUGUACCAGAAGAUAAAGGUACAACUUUAGUUGUACCAUAAAGGAAUUUUACAAAACAACAUAGGUACAACCUAAAAUUGUACCAUAACGUCAAAGUACAACUUUAAGUUGUACCAUAAAGGCAAAAACUAAAGCACAAAUGCUUUAAAGCACUGUAAAAUUCCUCGCCUAAUUACUAUGUGCUAUAAAGAAUCUGAUCAUUCCAUUUUUAUCUGCAAUACACGGUUAACAUUAAA